AUGGCCGCCGCCGCCGCGCCGCUCCGUCGGCUGCUCCUCCGCCUCCGCGACCCGCCGCCGCUGCCCUUUAACACGCUCCUCUCCCGCCUCACGCCGCACCUGCAGCAGGGCCCCACCCCGGCCCCUGCUACUCCACUCCCGGCGUCGACGCCGGCCCAAACGCCACCCGGGAUUCUCCGCGACGCCCUCUUCUCCUUCCACCCGGGCCUCCAGAUACACCCGUGCCUAGAUCCGGUUGGGGGUGCCCCCGCAUGGGAGGAGGUCGGCGGAGGGGCCGCGGAGGUGUGGGCGGACAGCGUGAAGAAGAAGCGCAAGCGUAAGAUGAACAAGCACAAGCUCCGCAAGCUCCGGAAGCGACUUCGCCGCCAGACAUGA